AUGUUGGAAUCAAGCUCAGGAGUGGUCCAAAGGGGUGUCUCUGAACCCAAUAUCGAGAAACAGGAGCAAAAGCCUAAGGCUAACCAAGAUCUGGCCAUUGGCCCAAUCUGCAAAGCUCCUAACCAUCUGAAGGAUAAGUACAUCAAAAGGGGCUACAGGAUCAAUUUCAAGAAUAAUAAGGAUGUAUUGAAGAGUCUGUUCAUGUGGCACAACGAACUCGUGAAUAUUUGGACACAUUUGAUUGGGGCUCUGAUCAUCAUCUCCCUGAUAUUUUAUUUGUGGUUGAAUUAUGAUGGAUUGUUUAGAUAAAAAGCAAUCAAUUCAUUUCAUGAAUCUCUUCAUAAUAUAUAUUAACAGGCAUAUGAUUUUGAAUAGCAAAUCUAAGGGUAAUUGGAACUAGGUUUACACAUUUUACAGGAUGAUGCUCAGAAGGUUCAAUAACAAUUGCAGGAAAAUAUUGAAAACGUGAAUAAGUUUAUUAAUGAAGUGGCCCAUUAGUAUGAUUAGGAAUUUCAGAAAAUCCAAAAGAAUAUAGCACAAGCAUUUGAUUGGGAGAAUUUGUAAUGGAAGUACAACAUAUCAGAAAUUAUUUCUGAUUACAAAGUUAAAGCAAUAGAAAUAGUUGAAUCUAAAGAUUUUGAUUGGAUAGAUUUAUAUUUAGGAUUUCAACAUUUAACUGGCGGUUAAACUAUUGAUGAAGAAAAGCUUCACAAACUAAUAUCAAGAUGGCCAUUGAUAGCAUUUCUAUUAACAGCCAUUGUAUGUUUGGGUUGUAGUACUGUAUAUCAUCUUUUCUAUUGUCUCUCAGAGAGAGUGAAUAGAAUACUACUAAGAUUGGAUUAUGCAGGUAUUUGCUUCUUGGUUUCUGGAUCCACAUUUGCUCCAUUAUUUUAUGGGUUUCAAUGCAAUCCUCAUUACGCAGUCAUUUAUGCGAGCAUUUAGGGAUUCUUUGCGAUUGUGUUGUUCAGUUUGUGCCUAUUCGACUUUUUCUAUAAGGAGGAAUGGAGAACAUUGAAGAGCAAUUUGUUCGCAGGACUCGGAGUCACAAGUGCAAUUCCCUUUAUUCAUUUUGCAAUAGAUGAUGCUAAAUUGGAAGGGUUUAGUUUCGCAACCUAAUUUCCAUAUUAUGUUGCCAUGGCAAUCGCUUAUCUUUCUGGCCUGUACAUCUAUAAUAUAAGGUUCCCUGAGAAGCACGUGCCUGGGAAGUUUGACAACUGUGGACAGAGUCACCAAAUCUGGCACAUUAGUGUAGUGGUGGCAAUUCUAUUUACGUAUGUGGGUUCCUUGAAUGCCUACUAUUAGAGAUUGGAUCAGCCGUGUAGAGAGUGA